AUGGACCCUCCUCCUCCCCCUCCUCAUCCCCAAUGCCAGUUCCGGAAUUGGCUGGAGCUUCCCCGGGACGUGACGGUGUCGAUCCUCCUGCGGCUCGGCGCCAUCGAGAUCCUGACUAGCGCGCAGAGGGUUUGCUUGCUCUGGCGCAACCUCUGUAAGGACCCGUCCAUGUGGCGUAAAAUCGACAUGCGCAACCUCGGCGACCUCUGGGAUAUGCCUUACGACCUCGAGACGAUGUGCCGUCACGCCGUCGAUCGUAGCUGCGGCCAGUUGGUCGAUAUCAACGUCGAGUACUUUGGCACGGACGAGCUUCUCCACUACAUUGCCGAGAGUUCAAGUCAGGUCAGACGUCUUCGACUCGUAUGUUGCUAUAAAAUUUCAGGCAAGGGAUUGAGUGAAGUGGCUGCAAAACUUCCAUUGUUGGAGGACCUUGAGAUUUUGUAUGGUUUGUUGUCAAAAGAACCUCUGGAAGCUGUGGGCCGUUGUUGUCCUCUUUUGAAGUCACUCAAAUUCAAUAGCCAGGGCUACAGAAGACCUCGCAUUGAGUGUGAUGAGGAGGCAAUUGCUAUUGCAGAGAACAUGACUGAAUUACGCCACCUCCAGCUUUUUGGAAAUAAGCUGACUAAUGAUGGCUUGAAGGCAAUACUUGAUGGUUGUCAUCACCUUGAAUCGCUUGACCUACGGCAAUGCUUCAAUGUCAAUCUAACUGGGAAUUUGGGAAGAAGAUGUGCGAUCUCCUUGUGAUUCCACCGAUGACUAUGAAUUCAAUGCUGAACUUCAUGAUACCAGAUCUUUUGAUGGUGAAUAUUGGUAUGAAUUCUCAGGUGACGGCGAUAGUGAUGACCCAGACUUUGGUGAUUUUGAAGAUCAGUGCCGAAAACUUUUAAAUGAUUAGCCUUCUGCGGGUGCAAGUAAGUAAAAUGACUUUUGUGCUGCACUUAACUAUUGGACGCCAAUAUUUUGAAAUGUUUUGUUUUAGUAAUUACGUUGUGACUAGGAUUUGAUGGUUUGCAGUCUACUCAUGGUAUCCUUAUAUGUGAAAAACGUAUUUUAAAACAGACAAAAAAUAUAUAUAUAUAUACAUUAUAUUUACUAAGAAGCUAUAACUUUGGAGGGGGAGAAGAAAAAACAUAUGAAAUAACUCAAAAUGGUUGAAUUGCUUGAUAGCAUGGUUUUCUACUGCACCAUUCCUUCACCAGCUCCUUCCUAUUAUACAUACUG